AUGCAAAAAAUAUAUAAAGCGCGCCAAUUUCCCACCACCACUGGCCCCCAUUAUUUUUCACACACACCACCAAAUAUGCCAAAGCUUGUUUUAGUCAGACACGGACAAUCCGAAUGGAACGAGAAGAACUUGUUCACCGGUUGGGUGGAUGUCAGAUUGUCGGAGGUUGGCCAAAAGGAGGCCAAGAGAGCCGGUGAAUUGAUCAAGGAGGCCGGCAUCAACGUCGACAUCUUGCACACCUCCAAGUUGUCGCGUGCCAUCCAGACCGCCAACUUGGCCUUGGACGCUGCCGACCAAUUGUAUGUUCCUGUCAAGAGAUCCUGGAGAUUGAACGAGAGACACUACGGUGCUUUGCAAGGUAAGGACAAGGCCCAGACCUUGGAGCAGUACGGUGCUGAGAAGUUCCAGAUCUGGAGAAGAUCUUUUGAUGUUCCACCUCCAGUGAUCGAGGAGGACUCUGCCUACACCCAGGUCGGCGACAUCCGUUACAAGGACAUCGACCCAGCUGUUGUGCCAAAGACCGAGUCCUUGAAGUUGGUCAUCGACAGAAUGUUGCCAUACUUCCACGACGAUAUUGCCGGCGACUUGUUGGCUGGCAAGACUGUUCUUGUUGCUGCCCACGGUAACUCUUUGAGAGCCUUGGUCAAGUACUUGGACAACAUUUCCGACGAAGACAUUGCUGGUUUGAACAUUCCUACCGGUAUUCCUUUGGUUUACGAGUUGGACGCCAACUUGAGACCAACCAAGGAGGCCUACUACUUGGACCCAGAGGCUGCUGCUGCCGGUGCUGCUGCUGUUGCCGCUCAAGGUUCUAAGAAAUAG